AAGCUGUUAAGGAGAGGAAGAUUCCCGUUUAAUAUCAACUUGAGGAAGAGGAAUUGAGAGCAAACUACUGGAGACUGAGCCUAUAAAUACUGGAAUAUUCCCAUCAGUCUACAAGUGAGGACGAGCAUCAGACCUUCAGACAGAAGUCAAAUCUGAGUUUAUUGAAGGACAGUGGGAAGAUGAGUGAUCCAGAACCCUGCAGAAUUACAGAUGAAGACACUGAAGAACAAACAGACCUAAUUGAAGAGAGUGAGGAGAGUGAAGAUGAUGAACUCCUAAAAGCUGGGAAAACACCUCAUUUACAGACUGAAGAUACUUUAAUGCAAAGAGACCAGAAUCGUUUGAUCUGUUGUGAGUGUGGGAAGAGUCUGGCAAACAAGAAGAGUUUCAAUCAACACAUGAUGAUCCACACUGGAGAGAAACCAUUCACAUGCACUCAGUGUGGGAAGAGUUUCAGACACUCAUCCGCCUUUAAUGAACACAUGAAGAUCCACAAUGGGAAAAAAACAUUCACGUGCACACACUGUGGGAAGAGUUUCACACAUUUACACUACCUUAAUCAACACAUGCUGAUCCACACUGGAGAGAAAACCCACAGAUGUGAUCAAUGCGGCAAAACAUUCUUGAGGAUGUCAGAGCUGAAACUCCAUAUCAGAGUUCAUACAAAGGAGAAGCCUUAUUCAUGCUCUGAGUGUGGAAAGAGAUUUACACAGCAACCACAUUUAACGCAACAUCAGAAGAGCCACACUGGAGUGAGAGAGCAUGUGUGUUUUGAGUGUGAGAAGACUUUCAUUACUGCUACAGAACUCAAACUGCACCAGAGGAUCCACACUGGAGAGAAACCGCACAAGUGUUCACACUGUGAUAAGAGAUUCGGUCAGUUAGCAUAUCUGAAAAAACACGAGAGGAUUCACACUGGGGAGAAGCAGUACACAUGACGUCAGUGCAGAAAGACAUUCUCUCCUGUGCAAGGCUGUUUUGUCAGCUCAGUUUUAUAAUUGCUUUAUUGGCAUGACGAAUGUUACGAAUGUGUUGCCAAAGCAUUUAAAGUUUACAUAAAAAACAGUAAACACAAUAGAGCUGCACGAAUCUGGCUAAAAGGAGAGUCGCGAUGUAUAUAUUUUUUGUUUUGCUUAAAAUAAAGAUCAGGAUUUUCUCCUGAUUCUGUAGAUGUAAAAUAAAGAUUAGGGGUGUCACAAUCGAAAUCGAUCGAAAUUUA